AUGAGUGCUCCAACUAGGACGGCAUUUUCGAAAGCAGUGCCAAUAAGGGCAAACCUUAUAUUAUCAAGAAUCCCAUUAGUGGUACCAGAACAAACUAAGAUGGAGAAACAAUACCAUGAAUACCAAAAUGAAAUAGAGAGAAGACUAAUGUGGACAUUUCCAGCAUAUCAUUACUUUAAGAAAGGUACUUUAUCUGAACAUAAAUUUUUAAGUGUUCAAAAGAAACCUACAAUCAAGAACCCAGAUGUUUGGUACCCAAAGGGUGUUCCUGAUAUUCAACACGGUAGAGAGAGAAGUAAAGCUCAAGAAGUUAUUCUACCACAGAGUGAGAAGGGAGAAGGAACAAAUAUCACUAGACCUGUCGAAAAGAACCCUAUAAUAACUGCAGCAGAUGAAGCUGGAGAUAUUUCUAGCUUGGAGAGACGAUUGAGAAAUACAUUAUAUCUUUUGGUUAAGUAUAAGAAAUCUGGUUGGGAUUUUCCUAAAUUUGGAGUCAAAGAUAGUUCUCCACUAGGUGUUGUGGCAGAAGAUGGCCUGCGGAUGAUUGGUGGGGAUAAUAUAAGUACAUGGACAGUAUCACAGAAACCUGCUGCUGUUAUAAAGAGUAAUGAUGGUUCAUACGACUUUUUUAUUAAGUCUCACAUAUUAGCAGGUAAAUUUGAUAUUACUAAAGAUUCUAAAACAGACAUUGCUGAAUACGCUUGGUUGACGAGGAAAGAAAUAGAAGAAAAACUAAGCAAAGAAUAUUUCCAAGAAACCCAACAUUUGUUAACCAAAUAA